AUGUCGACGGCAAUUGCAUCCGCGCCGGCAGCUCAGCUAUCCUCGCCGCAUACCACCCGCGAUCCCAGCCCCAAGAAUUGCCCGACUCUGGCCCCUCCGCCUGCGGCGAAUUCCUCUCCACCUCGAGUGGCAAGUUCACAAGAUGCCCAUUCCAAUAGAACCCCCGAGAGAAAAGACCCGUCGUCUCCAUCGCAAGGUAGCGCGGGUCCCAAAAUUACCGUGAAAAAGGAGCCGCCCUCCUCGCCCCGUAUACAGACUCGGCCCCGUCCCCGCAAGUUGGAUCUCUCGACAAGUCUUCCCUCCUCCAGUGGUUUGACCGUUCGGCCGCCCGGAGGCCCAAUGACCGCUCGUGACGGUGUCACUAUGCAGGAUGUCGGCCUAGCCUGCUUGUCCCCCGGUUUCCAGACACAUGAUCCGAUCAUGCGAGAACAACUGCAGCGCAGUCUAUCUGUGCGCGACCAGCAGCGCUCAAUAAUCGAGGCACGACUACAGAAACCCGGCAAAGAUGACGGGCCGUCUUCACAAUCGGGAUUCAUGGGGAUGCCUCCUCGGAGUAGCUCGAAGCGACGGCCACCACCCGGUCUUUCGAUCGUCCCACCCUCGGCAUCGCAGUUUGCAAAUGAACGAGUAAUCCAGUCGGCGCCGUUGCAUCAGACCUUUACCGGCCGCUACCAACCUCAGCCCUUGACUCGUCAUGUCGUCAAUCAGAGCCCUACUCUAGGCGCUACGUCCCAUAUGCAUCAAGUCCCGGCCACCCAGACGAACAACCGUCUACCCCCUCUCUCUGAUGUGUUUGGAUCCGAUGCGCUUGGUCGGGAUCGAGAGCCUAGUCGCCAGCAAGGCCUCUACGUGAAUGCGUCGAGCAGCAACUCCUCGCAAUCAAACUUGGCACCCAUGCCCUCUCCAGGCCUACCUGCUAUGUCUCAGACCCCCAGUCGGCCGCGGGAGUACCGAUCGGCCGAAGAGGCUGUCCAGGAGCUCUCGGGGGAAGGGAAGAACUGCUUCCCCGAAUUGUGCAUUAUGACCAUGCAUACUGCCCCUAAGACUGCUCCCCUGACCUGGGAAGAGCCUGCGCCAAGUGCCCCCCUUGCUCCGAUGCAGAUCGCGGAUACGACUGCGCGCCGCCGCCCUCGCAGCGAAUACGAAAAUGAUAACGGAAGCCCCCCACUGGGACAUGGUCCUGAUUCUCAUUAUCGGCCUAACCCCGCUGCCAACUCUGGUCCCAGUGCCACCUUCACCGGUCCCUUCGGUGCAGGCCGAGACUCGCCCGAGACCCAACGGAAAAAGAAAGAAGAGUUCCUUGGCCUCUGUGCUCGGGCUUGGGAUCUGUUCCAUUCGUGA